UGGUUUUGUGGUCUCUUGAAGAACAAAUUCGGAUUUUGAGGUUUCAAAUCUUCAAGAGAAAUUUGGUGCUUCCAUCACAGAAACCAAAACGUUCGACGAUUCGUUCAAUCUGGCGUAUGAUUGAUGCAAAUCAAACAACCAAGAGUUUGACAUUUCUGUUUAUGUUCAAAGGAUAGAUCUUAAUUUUCGUUUGAAUCGCCCAGAGAAACAGCGGGUGUUGAUUGAUUCCUUGAUUCAGGUCCAGUCAAAGAUUGAACACAGACUGAUGCAAAUCUCCGGCAUUUUAGUUGACUCGGUCCCAAAACAUACAGAAAUUUACGCACCGAAGAUGAUUCUCCGCUAGAUGAGUUGAUGAAAACUUUGCAGGUUGCUCUGCACUACCAGUUUGCAAGCUACUAAUUUAUGGCAUAGAACCUGUUUUGACCAGUGCAUACCAGAAUGGAUCCGGGGAACUAUAUAAAUGCUGACUUGAAGUGGAACAUAGUGAAAAAAGGUCGUAGGAGUGUGACGAGACGCCCGAGGAAGCCGGGGGCAGACAGUUUUGGAUUGGGCAACGAUCCAACUGCUUUUGAUGCCAAGAAGUCUGGCACAGAUGUUAUUGGGGGACACUUUGCAGAGAAGGUAGUUGAUGCCCCUUUAAAGAAAAGAAGACUUUUGCGUCAAUCUCUAUCUCCAGCUCCUCAAACUCCAUGUCUCCAUGGUGAAAGGGAUCUGUCACCGCAACCUCAAACUCCCUCUGUCCAUCAUGAAGAUUCUGGUCAGAGAUGUCAUUCAAUUUCACUAUCCCUGAGCCGGAAAACUAAGUCCAAAAGUGGAUCGAGAAACAGUAAUAUACUAAAGCAGACAAAGAAAGAGGUCUCCAAGCUGGAUGACUUUUCCGGUAUUGAACUUCUUGCUGCUGCUGCAUGCAGUAGCUUCCUUCAUGAUAAUGCAGAUCAUGGUGAAGAUUUUCCUGUGUUGAAAGAACAGAGAACACCAGGAGUUAAUUCAUGUACUAUUGAUAUAAAAGAAGCUAUCACAUCAACCGCUGGUUCAUCAAAUCGAGACAGCAUGGUUCCUGAUACACCAAUUCUCCAUGAUAAUGGUAACGAAGAGGGGCAGAAAAAGGUUGCUCCUUCCAAAGGGUUAAGGUUACAUUGGGACUUAAAUACUGUGAUGGAUGAGUGGGAGGAACCUUCUAACAGUUUGCUGGUUGAACCUCACUCUCAUGAAAAUUGUUCAGAAGGUGUCUAUAAUGGUGAUUUGAAGGGUGAAAAUUUGAAUUUAGAAAGUUGUGAAGGCAGAUUCACAGAAGUUGAACCUCCCUCUCAUCAAUUGUUUGGAAAGCAUGAUGCUGCUCUCUCAGAUGUGCUUGUCGUUGAAAAAAGUAAUGGUGAUUCUUUUGGGAAAACAUAUGAAUCGAUUCAAGAUUUGGGUUGCACAGAGGAUUUGACGGGCACAAAGAAGAUCAACAGUAAGAUGUCAGAUGGUGAGAGUUCUGUAAGUAAAUCAGAUGUGGUUGAUGCGUUGGUUCAUCCAGACAAGUGCGAAGAUUUUUCCACUUCAACCACAUCGAUUUUACGAGAACAAACCAUCAUGAAGUGUGAAUCAGACACAAUAGACAAUCAUCUGGAACACAAUAAUCAUAAAAACACCAUAUCGCAGUCAGAUCUGCAGCCUGUUUCUGAAGAAGUAAUGCAAGAUGGGUUUCCAUCUCCGAGAUUGUGCACAAGUUAUAGUGACAACAAAGUUGGUUCAGAAGAUCCUCUCAGUGAGUGCUGUGGUUCAGAUGUUACUCAAGAUGAACAGGGUCACAUGGCUGAAGGUGAUACAACAGACAAAGUUCAGGUUGGUUAUGAUUCUCCAUUUGAAGACGGUGAGUUGAGAGAGCCAAUUGGAUGGGAGGAGAAUGAAGUUGUGGAAAAACAGACCAUCUAUUACGAGUCUGAUAACACAUACAAAAAUGACUAUGGCACCAUUGAGAACUCUUUGCCAGAAAGAAUUAAAACGAGCCAUGAUCAUGGCCAAGCUAUGGAAGAUCAUCCAUCAUUGUUGGUGAAGGAGGCUGUGCAUAACAACGACAAGCAAGGUGCUCAAGCAGAUAUCCUCGAGAGACCAAAUAGUUUGUUUGAAGAAAGUGAUUGUGGCUCAGGAAAAGAGAUUUCCGGGAGGAAAACUGCGGAUGGUGAAUCAAGACAGCUUAAAGGGAAUUCAUUGCUUAUUGAUGAAUCAACAUCCAUUGACGGGUGUAGGAAUGGUGCAUAUAUACGGCACAGCAGGUCUAGUAAUAUCGGAGAUUAUUAUUCACGAUCUGGGAGAGAUUUAGGUCCAUGUGUCGAUUCCUCCAUGAGAAAUUGCGAUUUGAAGAGCAGUCACGAAUACCAUAGGCCGAGAAAUGGUAAUCUAGAUCCAGUUGCAAGGUCUGGUGGAUGUAGGAGCCUUGACAGCCACCAAUUUAGAAGCUAUGAUCCAAGGGCUGCUUAUCGAAGGCCAUCACCAUCUGAAAGAAACAACGGUUAUGGUGUUCCUAGAGGACCACCGGUUAGAAGCCUUAGCCGUGAUAGAUACAGGGGUGGAUCCGGAUUUCAUCCACAAGGGUUGAGAAGAACCCCUGAUGAAGAAUACCAUGAAAGAAAAAUCCGUUGUUUUUCUCCCAAUUUCAAUCGACCUGGGAGACGAUCCCGAUCAAGAUCCCGGUCAGGGUCUCCUCCCAUUGCUUGGCAUUUUCAGAAACAAAGGAAUCUGGAUACAGACGAUGAGGCAAGAUUUCCGAAGCCAAGUAGUAAUUCAAGUGAGAUAGAAACUUGUGAUGACCGGAGAUUGAUUGAUAAGAAACGAUCAACAGUUGCAAUGAUUAGGCGAACCCAAAGGUUCGAGUCAAUUGGGUAUCCUGAAAGAUUGAAGUCGGAUGAUCAUUUUCGAAUCACUCAACGUUCUGGAAGGUUUUCACAGCCGAGCGGUCCACACAUAUACAAGGAUCAUGGUGAUUCCGUCAAGAAACACGAUGGGCAUUAUGAAAAAUCGAGGCGGUUUAGAUAUAUGGCGGAUCGUAAUCUAGAUAGAGAUGGUCAUGGGCAUGGCUGCUUGAAAGAGGCAGCAGGAGGAGGAAUGGUUACAGGUGAGAGUAAAAGUGAGGAGAAAGGUCGGAGUUCAGUUUCCCGUUUUUCUCAAGUCUGAUAACGAGUUUUUGAAUUUUGAUUGUUUUCACCUUCACUUUUGGACCAAAUUGGUAAGAGUUUUGGUGAGGAGGGGAGGGGAGGGGAAAGGGGUAUUUAGGACAAUUUUUUUGUAUGUUUCAUGUCCUGUUUUUAAUGGGUCAAAUGCCAUUUAAUGGACUGGUUUCCUCUUUGGCCAUCCCCCAGUUUUCACUUUUCAGAGAAGAAAGCAACAAACUGCAUUCAACUGUUGAUUUCUGUAAACUGUGAUAUAUUUACAUGAAUCCAACUUCAAAGUUUUAUUUAUAAAGAAUUACAUAAUUUUGUUUAUUU